AUGAAUUGGCUGCUCGUCUCCAUAUUCGCAACACAGAUUUAUUCUAUAUAUGGAGCUUUCUCAUUUGAAACAUGUAAUGUCACAGAAUCGUGUUGGUUUCAUCCUCCGACUUGUCAACCAAAUUCAAAACAAUCAUGUUUGUCGGCUGUGCGGUGGAGAAUGCAGCCAGACGGAAUACAAAUAACUCUCGAAGGUGACACUACGGAUAUCUCCCAGACAGGUGCUACUUUCCUAGCUGCCGGAUUCAGCUACAAUCAGCGAAUGGAUGAUGACAUGGUGUUCGAGUGUGUUCUAUCAUCAACGGGAAUGAUCCUUGUUCAGCUGUCUUUCAAUGAUGAGACAAAAAACGAAGUUCUAUAUCAGCCAACAUCUGUUCUACUUGCAUCCGUUUCUUCCUCAGUAGUGGACGGUAUUCUAACCUGCUCUGGGAAGAUUCUGUUGGAUAAUAUUAAUAAAGUCGAAAAUCAAUCUCUCUUCAAGAUUCACGAUAUCGAAAACCGCGCACAUUACCUCAUCUUUGCUCGAGGAACAGCAAACCGUUAUACUCUUGAAAAGAACAUCCAUUCAGUCAAUGAUGACGCCCAAUUCCCGUGGAUCACCGAAGACAAAAUCUCAUUUUGUCGAAAGAAUUGUUCGACUGAAUCAACUAGAUUAGUUCAAGUAACGGAAAUGUACCAAACAAGAGUAACGCGUUAUUGGCGCUAUAGGAUUGCCGUUCUACACGGAGUUGCUCUGUUGGUCGCUUGGUGGAUCUUGGGUUCCUCUGCAAUUCUUAUAGCCCGUUAUUUCAAACCCUUGUUCCCACGUUCGAAAUUGUUAGGGACAGCUGUAUGGUAUCAAUUUCAUCGAGACUUGUUUAUAAUCUCACUUGUCUUACAAGUAGUUGCUGUGGUAUUCAUCUUCUAUCAGGCUAAUUGGACGUGGUAUGAAUGCUCUUACACGUGCAAUGCGGAUAGCUGGGCAAAGAAAAUGCAUGCCAUCACCGGCUUCGCAGCAACGGCAUUGGCAGUACUUCAACCAUUUUUCGCAUUUCUUCGACCAUCACCAGAUUCUGCGAAACGGCCAAUUUUCAAUUGGCUGCAUUGGUGUGUUGGAAUGACUGCCUGGACAUUAGCAAGUGUUACAUUCAUUUUCUCGUUGCAACUCGGGAAAACAGGCAUGAAUGCCGUUUAUGGACACGUCCCCAAUUGGAUCAUGGGAGGAUACAUUGCAUUCUUUAUCGGUUGUAAUAUUUUACUUGAAAAUAUUUCUUCAACAAAUGAUCGUCGAUUUGAGAAAUCAGGACCUAGCGGUAUGGCUUUAUCGACAAUCAAUGGACCUUCAAGUGAAUUACAAACAGGAGAAGAUACUAAACAAUCAUUGCGUCUCGGAGUCUUCUUCCUCCAUUUGGCUGUUGCAUUGGGAGUGUGCAUUGCAAUUACGGUAAUGCUUGUACGUCAUUUAUUAAAUCAUAAUCCUUAA